CAGCCCCGAGCACAGCGUCAGUAUUAUCACCUCACAGAACAGCCCGCGCCGAGCCCACAGAGGACCGGUAGAGCAAUAAUACUGUGCACAAAGGGAGCCGCAUACGCCACGAAAUAUGCUCUAACUCGUUUAUAUCGACAUUGGAAGAAAGACAAUGGGGGAAAUAGGCAAAGGAAGAUAAUAAUCUUUGAAGAAAUGCUUCUGAAUCAGCGGAGAUCCAACAACGAACAAGGUCCUGACCAUGCACAUUCCUCCGCAUUGCACUUAAAUCAAAUGUGCAGAUUUUCCAUACUGUCCAGCGGGACGGUGGUUCAAGUCGUGGUAACCGGGUGAACAGUGCAGUCCAGAAUCCGGGAAAGCCCACCUGCCAACACGAGGGAAAGACGGAUCUGGGGUCCACUGUGCGUUUUGGUCGUUUACACGAUGCGUUUGUUUCUGCUGGCGGUGUUCCUUUCGUGCUCCUGUGCGCGGGCUGGCUGCGAGCCGAAGAUAGUGAACAUCGGAGCCGUCCUGAGCCAGAAGAGGUACGAGCAAGUCUUUAAGGAUGCAGUGACCCAGGCGAACCAGAUAUAUGGGAGAGAUAAAUUCAAGUUGACCGCCAUCUCCGUAACGCACAAACCCAACGCUAUCCAGAUGGCUCUCUCCGUCUGCGAGGACCUCAUCUCCAACCAGGUGUAUGCCAUCCUCGUGAGUCAUCCUCCCCAGUCCAACGACCACCUCACCCCUACGCCUGUGUCCUACACCGCAGGCUUCUACCGCAUCCCUGUUGUGGGCCUCACCACACGCAUGUCCAUCUACUCCGACAAGAGUAUCCACUUGUCUUUUCUGCGGACUGUCCCCCCGUACUCCCACCAGGCUCACGUGUGGUUCGACAUGAUGCGAGAGUUUCGAUGGAACCACAUCAUCCUGAUCGUCAGCGAUGACCACGAGGGGCGGGCCGCGCAGAAGAGACUGGAGACCCUACUGGAGGAGAGGGAAACAAAGAAUAAAAAAAGGAACUAUGAAAACCUCGACCAACUGUCCUAUGACAACAAGCGAGGACCAAAGGCAGAGAAAGUCCUCCAGUUCAGCCAGGAGACUAACUUAACUGCGCUGCUUCUAGAGGCCAAAGAGCUGGAGGCUCGCGUCAUCAUCCUCUCCGCCAGCGAAGAGGACGCUGCUGCAGUUUACAAGGCUGCCCGUUUCCUCAACAUGACGGGCUCGGGUUACGUGUGGCUGGUGGGAGAGCGGGAGAUGUCGGGUAAAGCCCUGAGUGAGGCACCAGAUGGUCUCAUUGGCCUCCAGCUCAUCAACGGCAAGAACGAGUCGGCCCACAUCAAUGACGCAGUGGCCGUGGUGGCCCAGUCCAUCCAGGAGCUCUUUGAGAAGGAGAACAUUACUGAGCCGCCCAGAGGCUGCGUGGGAAACACCAACAUCUGGAAGACCGGGCCCCUCUUCAAAAGGGUUCUGAUGUCAUCAAAGUACCCAGAGGGCCUCACUGGACGAGUGGAAUUCAAUGACGAUGGCGACAGGAAGUACGCUCACUACAGCAUUCUCAACUACCAGAAGAGUCGACUCAUUCAAGUUGGGAUUUACAAUGGAACACAGGUGGUGAUGAAUAAUCAGAGGAAGAUCAUCUGGCCGGGAGGAGAGACAGAGAAACCGCGGGGCUUUCAGAUGUCCACGAGACUAAAGAUAGUGACCAUACACCAGGAGCCCUUUGUGUAUGUGAAACCCACUGAGCAGGAUGGAACCUGCAAGGAGGAAAAAACCUUAAAUGGAGUGGCAGAUAUUAAAAAGGUGAUCUGCACUGGACCAAAUGAGACCAUCCCAGGUAACACAACAGGACGUCCAAUUGUGCCUCAAUGUUGUUAUGGAUUCUGUAUUGACCUACUUAUCAAGUUGGCUGGAACCAUGAACUUUACCUAUGAAGUACACCUGGUGGCUGAUGGGAAAUUUGGAACACAGGAGCGGGUGAACAACAGCAACAAGAAAGAGUGGAAUGGCAUGAUGGGAGAGCUCCUGGGGGGUCUGGCAGAUAUGAUCGUUGCCCCGCUGACAAUAAACAACGAACGAGCCCAGUACAUCGAAUUCUCCAAACCUUUUAAGUACCAAGGCCUAACCAUCCUCGUUAAAAAGGAAAUCCCUCGCAGUACACUGGACUCGUUCAUGCAGCCGUUUCAGAGCACACUGUGGCUGCUGGUGGGUCUUUCGGUGCAUGUGGUGGCGGUGAUGCUUUACCUACUAGACCGGUUCAGCCCGUUUGGGAGGUUUAAAGUAAACAGUGAAGAAGAAGAAGAAGACGCCCUCACCUUGUCGUCAGCCAUGUGGUUCUCCUGGGGAGUGUUGCUUAACUCCGGUAUUGGAGAAGGCGCGCCGCGCAGCUUCUCAGCGAGAAUCUUGGGCAUGGUGUGGGCCGGCUUUGCCAUGAUCAUAGUGGCAUCGUAUACUGCCAACCUGGCUGCCUUCCUGGUGCUGGACCGGCCUGAGGAGCGCAUCACCGGCAUCAACGACCCGAGGCUGAGGAACCCAUCAGACAAGUUCAUCUACGCCACAGUGAAGCAGAGCUCUGUGGACAUCUACUUCCGGCGGCAGGUGGAGCUUAGCACCAUGUACCGCCACAUGGAGAAGCACAACUACGAGAGUGCCGCUGAGGCUAUCCAGGCCGUGCGCGACAACAAGCUGCAUGCUUUCAUCUGGGACUCUGCGGUGCUGGAGUUUGAAGCCUCGCAGAAGUGCGACCUGGUGACCACGGGAGAGCUGUUUUUCCGUUCGGGCUUUGGCAUAGGCAUGCGCAAGGACAGCCCCUGGAAACAGAAUGUGUCCCUGGCCAUUCUCAGUUCCCAUGAGAAUGGCUUCAUGGAAGAUCUAGAUAAAACCUGGGUGAGAUACCAGGAGUGUGACUCACGGAGCAAUGCCCCAGCCACACUCACCUUUGAGAACAUGGCAGGAGUGUUCAUGCUGGUGGCUGGAGGCAUAGCAGCAGGGAUCUUCCUCAUCUUUAUUGAGAUCGCCUACAAGCGACACAAAGACGCCCGAAGGAAGCAGAUGCAGCUGGCCUUUGCGGCCGUCAACGUCUGGAGGAAGAACCUGCAGGACAGUAAGGAGGCCUCUGGGAGCCAAGCUGUGGGCGCAUCGAUGACCCCAUCGUUACCCUCUUCCUCUCUAGAGACUCAGGAUGAUAGGAAAAGUGGUAGAGCAGAGCCCCCCGACCCCAAAAAGAAAGCCUCUUUUAGGUCCAUCAGUACCUCCCUGGCCUCCAGCAUCAAGAGACGUAGGUCAUCCAAAGACACGCAGUACCCACCCACCGACAUCACGGGCCAGCUCAACCUGUCCGACCCGUCUGUCAGCACGGUGGUGUGAGAGGGACAGAAGGAGAGAGCAACAUUCACUCCUUGGAGAGAGAGAGAGAGAGAGAGAGAGAGAGAGAGAGAGAGAGAGGGUGGGUGGGUGGACAAAGAGAGGCUUCCCCCAGCUCGCUGCAUUACUGCUGAAGCUAGUUGUCCCAUUGGCUUUACAGUGGAGCCAUGGAGAUAACCCUACAUUGAAGAUAGGACUGAUCUGAUCAUGGCACUUGUUACAGCUGGAUCUAGCCCGGCAUUAGUCAGCUCUAGGGUUCUGAGCUUACUUACACAUACUGUGUUUUUUUCUGUUUUCUCUAGUCACGCUCAAUUUAUGCUUAAAACAGUCCUAUCUUUGUCUAAAUUGACUUACUGCAGUGCAGACAUUGUGGUGUUGGAUACAAGUACUAUUUAAUAUAUCUACAUUAUCAAUGUUGCAGUUUAAAAAGUCCUGUUUAGUUAUAUGACUUAAGUAGAAAAAUAAGUGGACUUAAGCACUGUACAUAUCCUUUAACUGACAAGAACUGACUGUAACACACAUUAUCAUUUCACAGUAUGAAAGGUACACUGCUAAAUAUCAACGUUUAAGAAAUACCUGUCUUUUAACUCCACAUAUUUAAAUAAAAUAUGUCUUUGAUAAGUUGGACAUGUUUUAAUAGUGAGAACAUAAACUUCUGUGCCAAUAUAAUAUUUUGAAGCAACGAUACUAGAGAUGGAAGCAUGCAUGUAUUGUAAAUGCAUACCCACUGGGCACAGACAUCAGUUCAACGUCUAGUUUGAACUUACAUUUUGUUGAGUCUUCAACUAAUGUAAAUUUAACGUAAAAUCGACAAAACAUUUCACCAUGUCAUUGGAUAUAGAUAAACGUUUGGGUGGAAAAAAACAGUGCCCUUACGUUGAUGACUUUUUCCAAGACCAAUCAGUUUUCCACAUUGAUUCAACGUCAGCGCAUAGAUUUUUGGCAUUAAAAUGACAUGGAAAUAAUGUUGAUCCAACCAGUUUUUGCCUAAUGAGUAGAUGCAAAUGAGUAUUUAUUGAAUGAAUUAUUUGUCCCCAUGGUGUUAAUACUUAUACUGCUAUUCUAAUCACGGACGUUUUCAGAGAUACAAAAAUAACUAUCCAGUAAGUAUUAUCCUUUAGCGAACCUUGAAAACGUUCUGCCUGUGACGUAAUGUUCACAUUUACCUGUAUUUGGUCCAAUGAGGUCUUUACACCUUUGGUAUUGAGAAAGUGGCAAUACUAUAUUCUUAUUUGAAGGGGAUUUUCAAUCACUAAUCCAGUUCGAAACUAUAGGAAAUAUGUUAUUUGUUAUCACUCUCUGAAAGUAUACUAUCAAUGUUUCUUAAUCCUGGUCAUUGGGACCCAAAUGGGUGCACAUUUUUGUUUUUGCCCUUGCACUACACACCUGAUUCUGCUAAUCAAAGGUUUGAUAAUUAGUUGAUUAGUAGAAUCAGGUAUGUAAUGCUAGGGCAAAAUCUAAAAUGCCUACCCAUUGGUCGUAUUCCCCUGCUCAGAUGUUGCUGACACAUGCGAGAUCUUACACAGCCUGGAUAGGUAUUUUACAUAUUAGCUUACCACAUCAUAUGUAAUAGCAAUCUGGUACCAGACUCCACAGUCGAUGACAUGACACGCAACCAUUUGUUGAUGCAUGCAAUGUCUGGGAAGGGGAACAUGACCUUUGUUAUCGGCCAUAUGUUUGGGAACACCCUCUCCCUUGCUUUCAUUAGUCUUUCUCAUCUCCAGUUUCAAAGGGUUGCAUCAAAGAGCCAGGUUUUUCACCCAACCAGCACUUGGUAUUUCAUGCAAAAACCUCCUACCUGUGCACAACAGUCUAUCUUCCAUUUGCACUUUGGUAUGUCUUACAUGGAAGGAACCCAAGUGAAUUGAUAAUUCAGCUUAACUUGCAGUCUUUGUGCUGUGAGGUUGUAUACAUAUCUUGGUUAGAUGCGAAAACGGGCCGUUUCCCAGGCUCUGGAGUUGAGAAACAACUGAGGUAUAUUGAAAGAAAGACUAUUGCACAGUUCUGGCAUGGCACUGCAGAGCACUUUAAAGGGAUACUUCGGGAUUUUGGUAAUGAGUCCCUUUAUAUACUUCACCAGAGUUAUCUACUUUGCCAAGUCAUGGAUACCAUUUUUAUGUCUCUAGUAUGAAGCAAGUUAGAGGUAGUUUCACGAGUCAAUGCUAACUAGCGUGCUAGAAGAUACCCAUAAACUUCCAGUCAUUGCACUAACACUAGUUAGCAAUUGCGCUACCGGUAGUUAGCAAAUUAAUUCAAACUGCACGCAGAGACAUACACAUUUUAUCCACAAGUUCAUCUGACUGGGGAAGUAGAUAAAGGGCCUCAUUGCCAAAAUCCGGAAGUAUCCCUUUAACUUGAGGGCUUCCCCAUACUGUUCCCAUCAACAAGGCUAAUUGAGAUAUUAUUAUGCAUUCAGCAGGCAAGUACAUAAAAAUGUAUAUGAAUAGUAGUAGAAAAAGGCUCACAACAGAGAUUAUGGUCUAAUUGUUAUAAUAUGCGUAUCUCAUACAAACACACAUUUCUUUAUUUGUUUGGUGGCCAAGUUUUCUAUGAAACAUGUAGAUUGUAGUACUUCGCUGGAGAAAAAAACACAAUAUUUGUCUAUUUAAAGCACUAAAACAGCAUUUAGUUUCUGAAUGUGAAAUUUGAUCAUUUAAAAAGUUACUUCUGGUCAUGUUCUCAUUCUGGCCUAUGCAUGCUUAUGUGUGUUUAGCAGUAUUCUUGUUUGGUUCUUGAAUGCCUACUGAUUAUUGGCCAUGCAGAUCUUGUUUCGUUUUCUGAAACGCAUACUAUGAAUGCAAUGUAAAUAGAAUAUUGCACUUGUCGUAAUACUGCUGAAGAGAAUGUCAUUUUCACACACAAACACACACACACACACACACACACACACACAAUCACCCUCAAUGACACACACACAUGCACUGUACACAUUUUUAAGUUUUAUCUCCUCAAUUAUAAAGAUGAUAUAGAAAAUGAUUUUCAAUAAAAUAAUAUUGUUUGUAUAGAUGCACUUGUAAAUAAAAUGUACCUAUUGCCAAAUGUAAUUAUAGAUGCUUUCAUUUUUGCACAUAUACAACGUUGUCACGCCCUGGUCGAAAUAAAUUAUGUUUAUCUUCAUUUAUUUGGUCAGGCCAGGGUGUGACAUGGGUUAUUGUGGUGUGUUUUUGUCUUGGGGUUUUGUGGGGUGUCUUGCAUAGUCUAUGGCUGCCUGAGGCGGUUCUCAAUCAGAGUCAGGUGAUUAUCAUUGUCUCUGAUUGGGAACCAUAUUUAGGCAGCCAUAUUCUUUGAGUGUUUCGUGGGUGAUUGUUCCUGUCUCUGUGUUUAUGUUCACCAGAUAGGCUGUAUAGUUUUUCACGUUCCGUCUGUUGUUUUGUACAUUCAGUUUUUUCAUAUCUAGUUGUAUUUUCAUUAAUAAACAUGAGUAACCACCACGCUG